GAAAGAAUGAAUUGCGCGAAGAAGACUGCACUCACGGGCAAGAAAAACAGUACAUAGUGCUUUGCACGUAUCAACAAUUUUUUGGCGUGGACGAUUUGGGCCCUAAGCUGUCGUCCCCCUUAAUACUCCACUACCACCAAAGGAACACAUUGCUUGUUGGAUGGACCAGUACUGUAAAGCCAACUGGUCACAGCUUUGGACGUUCAGAACGACGAGAAACGCGCUUCUAUUCAUGCAGUGGUUCGUCUCGUAAUGUCUAAAAAUAUACAGGAACAACUUGCGUUUCAACCGCGUGAAGAAAUUCCUUAUGCAGUAUUUCAUCCUACUCUCAACAUACAGCAGCCGCUAAAAAUUGUAAAUCGUACAGAGUACGACAAUCUUCAGCGAUUUGAGUAUUACAAAAAUGGACCUAAUCAAUACUCGUCGUACGUGGUGAAAACACUGCCGGUAGCAAAAGUCCAAGUGAUUGAAGAAUCAAAGGUCGACACUUCCACCAUUCAGCCCAAGUACAAGUCGUUUGGUUAUGUCGACAAACAAACGGAGAAACCAAAGUCGCUUUACCAUUACACCAAAACGAGUCGUCUUAUUCGGCACCAUGUGCAGCAAUUCCCUCAAGUACAGUAUGAUAUGGACGAGUUGGAUGCCAUGUGGUUGACUUACUACAACGAGUACAUGGCAUCAAAACACCCAGACUGGGAAAAACUAAAUCACGAAUUCUUAGAAAUUCUUAUUACCAUGAUCGAGAGGGAAUACGCCUUGCUCGAUGCCCAGGUUCCGAAGUUGGAACCGGUACGGACGGAGGUAGAAGAACUCGACGGCAGUUGCUCGAUCUGCAAUGAGUCAGAAUGCGAACACAACAACGCUAUUGUGUUUUGCGAUAGCUGUAAUCUGGCUGUCCAUCAAAACUGCUAUGGCAUCCCAUUUGUGCCCGAGGGACAGUGGUUCUGUAAAAAGUGUCGCAUCGCUCCCGACCAAAUUAUCUCUUGCGUGUGCUGUCCUGAUCAUGAAGGUGCAUUCCGGACAACGGUUGAUGGCCGCUGGUGCCACACAUUGUGUGCAAUGGCGAUUCCUGAAGUCUGGUUUCACGAUGUCCCUCGUCUGGACCUCGUCCGCAAUGUGCCUAUGAUACCGAAAUCUCGCUGGAAGCUCGUGUGCAGCAUUUGCAAACAGCGCUGGGGUGCUUGUGUUCAGUGUACGAACAAGUCAUGCUACGUUGCUUUCCAUAUCACCUGCGCUCGGCGUGCUGGCUUGUACUACAAAAUACAUCAGCACUCACCAAACUACGACUCUGUUGAGUUAGAGUGCUACUGCGACAAGCACACCUCUGCAUCGCAUCUGCACGUUGGGAUGCAUAAGCUUUUGCCCAUCGCCAGAAAGUAUUACACUGACUUUGCUGCCAGCGUUCCCUUCAACUAUCUUUCUUGUUUUGCAGCGCCCACCGUUCCCGAACCACGGUGGACGACUUCGCAUAUUCCCCUGUAUAUUGUUCACAAGAUUGUAAAGUUCCUUCAUGAAUCGGCUCUGCUGAAAGAGUCGAAAUUUUACGAAACAAUUACGCGAAAUUUUUGCACAUAUUACCGUGAAAAACGGCGUUCUCGAAGAAACGCAGCACUUCUUCGGUCAGAAGGUAUACUGACCGAAAUUGCCAAUGCGCCAGUUCGAAAGGAAGAACCGCCAUCUAAACGGCAGCUGGAGAUUACGUAUGCACUCCGCGAUUCUCUAAAACAGGUUCGUCAACUAGUCCACUAUGUCCAUGAACGGCAAAAAUCACGGACAGAGCUUUCUCGGCUCAGAAAAGAGUUCGUCUCACUCGUUUACUUUCCAACACAAAAACGAAUCAAGCAAGCAUACGAACGGAUCCGUUCGCUCGACAAAACAAGUGUGUUUGACAAAGCGCUCGACCACGGUUGGGUUGGAUGGUCGGAAUUGGAUUUACAGGUGCAAACGUUUCGGCUGUCCACGCUCGAACAACUGCGUGCAGCGUUUCAACCGCUCUGGGAUCUAGAUGGCAUCAUUCGGAGCGUGGAUGAUAUGGAUGUCUUGUCGUUGAUGGUCCAGUUGUCGCAAGCCAUCCAGCCUAUUGCUGAGAAGGAGUUUGAACGAGCGCUGCUCGAUGUUCAGUCACUGCAGACAAAUGAGUAUGGAAAUCUCGUCAUUCCCUCCUUGGCCGUAGAUGGAUUGGAUGUGUUCUGCUGGCCAGGACCUCAAUUUAUCGGAAAAGAGCCCUUGGACGAACCAACGGAUGAUGAGUACGAAGCGUUGAAAUCGUUCGUCCAAGCUUUAGAUGAAAACGAAAAACUCGGCAUGUAUUCCGAACCUCCGCAAUGAAUUCCCUUUUUCUUUCCCGAUUUCUUUUUCUAAUACAGAGCGUUUGUUGUGUGCUCGAAUGGCUUCUUGUGUCUCAUCCUUUUAUAUCCUUCAUUCUGUAGCAUAAAUUUUGUUAAUGAAUCGGUUUGUACGAUAAAACGAGUCGGAUUUCUUGAAGAGAAA